CCCACUUCGAUGGCUUCAUGGAUACAUGGUUCAUAUUUUGACGGAAUUUAGAGAAUAUGCGUAUCGAGAACUGUUAUUUCUGUUCGUCUAGGAUUUACCCUGGGCACGGCAUACAAUUUGUUAGAAAUGAUUGCAAGAUUUUCAAAUUCUGUCGCUCUAAAUGCCAUGCAGCGUUCAAGAAGAAGAAGAACCCGAGGAAGGUAAAAUGGACUAAGGCAUACAGGAAAACGGUCGGCAAGGAAUUGGCAGUAGACCCAUCAUUCGAUUUCGAAAAGAGAAGAAAUAUCCCAGUUAAAUAUAACCGAGAAUUAUGGGCAAAGACAAUAGAGGCGAUGAAGCGAAUAGAGUCCAUUAAACAGAGAAGGCAAAAUGCACAUAUUAUGCAGCGGUUACGUAAAGGACGUGAAAUUGAACAAGAAAGGGACAUUAAGGAGGUGCAACGCAACUUAUCGCUCAUUCGGUCACCUGCUGCUGGUCUUAAGGAGCGCAAGAAGCUCGAAGAAGAAACGGAGCAAGAAAUGAGAAUGGAAGAGUCCGACGAGGAAAUGGAGGCGGAACAAGUAGAAGCAACGGGUUAAUUAAGUUUGUAAGUUAGCGAAUGGCAAAGACUGUUUUUAACAUCCAUUGAAUACAUCUCUAGCAUCGACGUAACGAUCAGUGUGUAUUGUGGAACCGGAAGAUCAAGCGAUGCGAUGUAUUUAAUCUACUUUAAGGUGCAAGUGAAGCAGGUAUCUAGAAAUACAACACAAUGUCAUGUUUUAAAUUACGUUCAUGAUGCAGAAUAGAUAACUGCUUGAACAAACGGUGCAUCAUUGUUUUGGGUGGUCUACCUAAACAAUUUGUAUAAAUGAAAAAAAUAUAAGGAAUCGAAUUAUAAA